AUGAACAGAGAGACCAAGAAAACAGCCUGGCGCAGCAGCAACUCUGGGUUGGGAGUGCAGAAGCCAACAAGUGAGAAGGCACAGCGUUUCCGGGGCGCAGCGCUAAAGCAAGAGCAGGCACCAGAGAAGACUGCUAGAGCUCGGAAUCCGAGCCCAAUCCUCUCUCCUGGACGCGGCUCAGUUCCCAUCUUUUCUAGGCCUUCUUCGGCGUGCGCUGGGCUUCAUUUUAUCCUGAUACAAGCCAGGCUCCCGGGGAAUAUGCAGCGCGCGUUGAUCCUGCUCACCUUGGGCUUGAUGGCCUGUGUGUCCGCAGAGACGAGAGCAGAGCUGACAUCUGAUAAGGACAUGUACCUUGACAAUGGCUCCAUUGAGGAAGCUUCAGGAGUAUAUCCUAUUGAUGAUGAUGACUAUUCUUCUGCCUCUGGCUCAGGAGCUGAUGAAGACAUAGAGAGUCCAGAUAUGACAACAUCCCGGCUGAUUCCAAGGAUCUCACUCACUAGUGCUGCUCCAAAAGUGGAAACCAUGACGUUGAAGACACAAAGCAUUACACCUGCUCAGACCGAGUCACCUGACAAAACUGCCAAGGAGGAAGUUGACAUCUCAGAGGCAGAAGAGAAGCUGGACCCUGCUGUAAAAAGCACAGAUGUGUACACCGAGAAACAUUCAGACAAUCUGUUCAAACGGACAGAAGUUCUAGCAGCCGUCAUUGCUGGAGGUGUGAUUGGCUUUCUCUUUGCCAUUUUCCUCAUCCUGCUGUUGGUGUACCGCAUGCGGAAGAAAGAUGAAGGGAGCUACGACCUUGGAGAACGCAAGCCAUCGAGCGCAGCUUACCAGAAGGCACCCACUAAGGAGUUUUAUGCAUAAAGCUCCCAAUUAGUGUCUCUAUUUAGGAGAUCACCGAACUUUUCAAAAUAAAGCUUUGGCAUAGAAUAAUGAA